AUGAUGUUCACCAACACCAUUGUCGCCAUCUCCGCUGUAUGCAGCGUCGCGAUGGCCUCUCCCAUGGCCACUGUCGACAAAGCCGCGGAUAGCCCUACGUUCUACCUCAUCCGCCACGCGGAGAAGAAUAGCGAUGGAACUAUUUCCUCGCGCGGCAUGCAGCGUGAGCAGUGCCUAGUCAAGCUCUUUGGCAAGGACAGCAAGUACAACAUCCAGCACAUCAUGGUGCAGACACCCCACUCUGGUGGUAAGUCGAUUCCUGCCCCAAUUUCAGAUGCUCGCACCCAGCGCCCCUACAACACCACGCUGCCCCUGGCCCAGUCUCUCGGUAUCACCAUUGACCACCCCUGCGAAUACACGGACCCAUCCUGCGCCGGCAAGCGUGCCAGAGAGUACACUGGUCCUGGAAACGUCCUGAUUGCCUGGGAGCACGUGUAUCUCCCCAAGGUUGCUGCAGCCAUUGGCGGAGCCAAGAAUGUCCCCGAGAACCCAAGCUCUCACUUUGACUACAUUUACAACCUGCCCUCACCUUACACCAAGGUCACUAUCACCUCUGAGAGCUGCCCUGGUCUAGACAACUAA